GCCCUUUUCACUGCUAGUUCCGUUGCUACACCAAUUGGAAACAUAGGAAAUGGUGUUAUUAUUUCUCCACCUCCCCCUCCUGAUGGUCCCAAAGGUGGACCAAAAGGACUAAAAGGUAGAGAUUUCGAUGGCCCAAAAGUCCCCAAGGGUAAAGGUCCAAAAGGUCCAGGUCCUAAAGAUGGACCAAAAGGUCUAAAGGUUAGAGAUUUCGAUGGCCCAAAAGUCCCCAAGGGUAAAGAUUUCAAUGGUCCAAAAGGUCCCGGUCCUAAAAUUGGUCCAAAAGGUCUAAAGGUUAGAGAUUUCGAUGGCCCAAAAGUCCCCAAGGGUAAAGAUUUCGAUGGCCCAAAAGGUCCCGGUCCUAAAGAUGGUCCAAAAUUUCCCGGUCCUAAAAUUGGUCCAAAAGUUCUAAAAGUUAGAGAUUUCGAUGGCCCAAAAGUCCCCAAGGGUAAAGAUUUCGAUGGCCCAAAAGGUCCCGGUCCUAAAGAUGGUCCAAAAGGUCUAAAGGGUAGAGAUUUCGAUGGCCCAAAAGUCCCCAAGGGUAAAGAUUUCGAUGGUCCAAAAGGUCCCGGUCCUAAAGAU